AUGGCAACUAAUAGAAGUGUUACUGUCGAAAAUUUAAUUACUUGUGUGAUUUGCCGUGAGUCUUUCAAGGAUCCACGUCUAUUACCUUGUUCGCACACUUAUUGUUGGGAAUGCAUUGAACGUAUGGCUUCUGAGAAUAAAGACCAAUUUGAAUGUCCACUACGAGAUGGAUUUGUGGCAAUGAAAGAAGACAUCAGUUCAUUACCUCUUAAUCGAGCAAUACGUGAUUUAGUAGAAUUACACGAUGAUGCCAUACAAGGAUUCAAAACUAAGAUAAAUAUUGAUUUACAAAGUAUUCAAUCUUCUUUAAACGAUAAAAUCAAUGAAACAGAUAUAUUAUUAAAUAUAAUUGAUAAUAAUAGUAAAUUUAGUCGACAAAAAAUGACUGAAACUAUGGCAGAAAUACGUCGGGUUAUUGAUAAACAUGAGAAAGAUAUGUUACGAAAUAUUUUAAAAACUGAAAAAGAACAAAAAAAACGAGUUGAAGAUUAUAAAAUUCCCUUGACGAAUGAAUUGCAACGUCUGAAUAUGCAAAAAGUGUCGUUUGAAAUGCUUUCAUCAAUGAGAAAUCGUACAAAACUAUUAGAAGCCAAAGAAAGAUUUGAUGAUUAUGUGAAUAAAACAAAUGAAAAAUUAAAAUUAUUACCAAUGCCAACUGUAACUGACUAUUUUUUAGAAGGAGUCGAUCAAUUACAAAGUUUAAAAGAAAAAAUUCUUCAAUGUGGAAAAUAUGUUGAAAUUUCACGAUAUCACAAUCCGCAACUUGAAAAAUUCAUUAGUGAAAACGGAAAAAAGCAAGAACUUGAUUUAAAGCUUAGAAAUUUAACCGAUUCUGAUAUGAUCAUUGUUGCUGAUAUGUUACGAAAUAGCACGGUACAAAAAUAUUUCUUAAGAAUUACAGCUUUUCUUGAAUAG